AUGGAGUGUGCCAUCUGCUUCGACCCGCUUUUGGAGAGCGAGCGGCUGCCGCUGCCCUGCCGCUGCACGGUGCCCUACUGUCUGGGCUGCUGGGACCGGGCGCUCGCCUCCUCCUUCAACAGCGCGGGCCACGCCCGCUGCCCCUCUUGCCGCCGGCCGGUUCGCGUGGACUUUGACCCGGGAGACGAGGACGGCCCCGCACGCGGACGUCUCAUCUUUAGCGCAGAGACGGGCGACGGCAGCAGCGCAGAGGAUGCUGUCUCCAAGGAGGGGGUGGUGAAUCGGCUGGCGGAGCAGGCGGCGCCGCUCAUGACGAGGCUGCUGCGCCGGUUUGGAGAGCGGCACUCGUCGCUGCGCGCGAUUGCUGAGGCGCCUUCCGAGGCGCUUAGAGGCCGCUCCAUCCGGGAGCUCAAGGCGUGGCUCAAGGAGGUGGGCGGCAGCGACUCCGGCCUGCUCGAGAAGGCGGACCUCAUCGACGCGCUGAUUGCCAAGGCGGGUGGAGGCAUGAUUGCCUCGCGGGUCGUGGCUGCCACCGAGGGCGGAGGCGAGGGCUGCCCGCCCCUCUGCGUCUGCGGCGGCGCGCUGGAACGCCUCACCGGGCGGGCGCGGAUGCGGCAGCUGCUAAUUGAGCAGCAUGGAGUGCGAGAGUCGGCGAACAUCGACGCGCUGCUCGACCACGCAGCAGACCGGCUGCCCUCGUCCGUCAUCUGCGACUUGUGCGACACGCAGCUGUCCCCCUUGCAGCCGGUCUACACGUGCGCAAACGGCGACGCGACCAUCCUGCACCCCACCACGUACGACGUCUGCGAGGUCUGCUUCGUGCGCUACGCGGUGGAGGGCCUCGGGGACGAAGCCCUCGCCACCGAACGGCAGCUCCUGUACGAGGAGGAGGAGAUCGAGGCCCAGGAGGAGGUCGAGGCGCAGGAGAGCGGCGGGCGCGGGGAGGCUGCUAGAGGAGCGUUGGAAGGCUGA